CACACCGUGUUUACUAACGGCGGCUAGAUGGUCGUCGGCCAAAUAAAGUUGUUGUCACUGUACAAUUAAAGACGUUUAACCCGGCGGGUACAGAUAAUUACAAAUGGCAGAUCCUGCGGUGGCAUCAGGAGGCUCGCUGAAUGCAGGAGGGCGCGGAAGCGGUUUGAAAGCAGCUUCCAGCCCGGCAGAGAACUACCACCUGGCCCGGCGGCGCACCCUGCAGGUCGUUGUCAGUGCCCUCCUCACAGAGAGCGGCUUCGAGAGUGCAGAGAAGGCAGCGGUGGAGACUCUCACUGAGAUGAUGCAGAGCUAUAUAACUGAAAUAGGUCGGUGUGCUAAAGCUUAUUGUGAGCACACAGCCAGAAGCGUCCCAACGCUGUCGGAUACAGUGGUCGCUCUCAUUGAAAUGGGUUUCAAUGUCGACACCCUGCCUGUGUAUGCCAAGAGAUCACAGAGGAUGGUCAUAACGGCCCCUCCAGUGACGAACCCCCCCCUGACUCCCAAAGCACUGUCAGCCGGACAGAAACGCACACAUCCGGCUCACAUCCCCAGCCACUUCCCAGAGUUCCCUGACCCCCACACCUACAUCAAAACACCUACGUUCAGAGAGCCUGUGUCAGACUACCAAGUGGUGAGAGAGAAGGCAGCCAGUCAGAGGAGAGACGUGGAGCGAGCGCUCACACGGUUCAUGGCCAAGACCGGAGAGACUCAGAGCCUCUUCAAAGACGACAUUACGGCCUUCCCAUUGAUCGCAGCGCGACCGAGCACCAUCCCGUAUCUCAGCGCCCUCCUGCCUUCAGAGCUGGAACUGCAGACCCUGGAGGAGACAGACUCCUCGGAGCAGGACGACCAGACAGACAGCGAGAACACGACAGGAAACAUCAUCACUGAUGAUCCAGGAAAUGACAAGGAGAACUCCAUGCUUCCUCCCAGCGGCGUCGUUCCCUCCGCCAAGGCCAACGAGGACAACAUGAUCGACAACCCGUACCUCCGGCCGGUCAAGAAACCCAAAGUGAGGAGGAAGAAAUGAGCCACCGAGCCCAACAGACUCACGUUUGCCACAGCGGUUGGUGCUUUCAGCAGUGCUUCCCUCCACACAGAGGAGCGGCCCGGUGUUGAAGCCUGCGGUGUGGGCCGGGACCAGCGGCUACAGCGGCCCUAACGUGGGACCAGUGCUGCUGCUGGCUUUUUGUACCCUGACUGACUUCAAUUGAAGAGAACUUUGUUUUGUUCUGUCAUUUUUUUCAGCAAGCACUCACUUUCUUUAAAAAGUGUUUCACUUUGUAAACAACAUCAUAGAAUAACAUACAGGAAUCCAGUCAUUUUGUGAAUAAAGAAAUAUACGUUU